AUGCCGCGCAAAGUGCAAAGAUCGCUGACCCAAGUGGUCUUCUUCUUCAUCAUCUUGGUCCUUCUCCUCUACCUGAACAGACCCUCGGGCAUUCCUCCGACCUUCGCGUGGACCAAAAUCCGCUACCAAACCACCGCAUCCUCCCUCCCUCCGGUGCGCGGAAAAUGUCCUCAACUCGCCAAAAGCAAAAAGCCCGCCUUGAUCGUGUCACAUGUCGACGCAGAUGGUGACACCUCCUGGCUCACAUCGCUCCAAGAUCGCUAUCAUCUCUGUCUGUACGACGUGGACGGCCCCCGCAAGAACGAGAAAUCUUCGGAGAAUCUUCAAGUUCCCGCUAACCGCGGCCACGAGGCAAUGGCCUAUUUGACGUUUUUGAUCGACAAUUACGAGAACAUUCCCGCCGCAGGUGCGGUGUUUGUACAUGGCUCACGCUGGGCGUGGCAUAAUGAUGCGCCGGAUUACGAUAAUAGGGCGCUACUGGCGGCGUUGAACAUUGACCGUGCGCUGGAGGCAGGUGCGGGAUAUCACAAUCUGCGUUGUGACUGGAGUACAAGUACUUGUCUCGCCUCUGCGCCGGCGCAGGGCUCUCUGGAAAUGAAACUCCAGUCGGUCACAUCGCCGUGGAGUGCGCGAGCCGCCUCUGACGUGGGCUUGCCGCGGGCGUUGGCGGCGAUCUUUAGCGGCGGAGUCACUGGGAUGGAUGCGACUUCGUUGACGGGGAGGACGCAGCUCGGACGCACAGAGAAGGUGCGUGCUCAGUGCUGUGCACAGUUUGUCGUUUCGAGGGAACGCAUGUGGCAGCACACGCGCGACGAGUACAUUGCGCUGAGGCAGUGGCUACUCGAUGGCAGCAGCAACGGUGAUGGUGGGAGGAUGCGGUCGAGAAACGACCCGGCGGCCCCAUCGGACGAUAAAGUUGCUGGACGAAUUCUCUCGUAUAUGUGGCAUAUCCUGUUUGCAAAGCUCGAUGAGAAGGGGAUGGUGGAUUUGGAACGUCUAAAUCGGGAUGCCUGUCCCAGUGCCAAGGAAUGCUACUGUCGCUUAUAUGGCCGCUGUGAUUUGAGAUGUCCAAAUCCCGAGUCAUGUUUCGGCCAGUACCGAGUACCGAAGAACUUCAAGCUCCCCGAUGACUGGGCAGCCACGCAUCAAUAA